CGCUUAACCGACUGAGCCACCCAGGCAUCCCUGGAUCAAUUUCAUUUGAGGAUGUGACUGUGAACUUUACCCAGGAGGAGUGGGGUCAACUGGACCCUGAUCAGAGGACCUUGUACAGGGAUGUGAUGUUGGAGAACUAUAGCAUCUUCAUCUCACUGGAAGAAUUGAAAGUUGAUGGCAUAAUAGAGAGCAAAGAAAACCAAGACAGACAUUUAUGGCAAGAUGCAUUUAUCAAUAACAAAAAAGUGAUUACGGAGAAAGAGAAUGUAUUAAGGAAAACAUUUAAUCUGUACAUAGACUCUGUUCCUUCCAGAAAAAUGUCCAGUAAAUAUAAUCUAGAUGGAGUCAGUUUAGAAAAUACGUCGGAGUUAACCACUAAUAAUAAAAACUACUCAGGAAAGAAAUCCGAUGAUGCCAGUGGGUACAAGAAAUUGCUUCCUGAUAUUAAUCAUGAGAAAACUCAUACUAGAGAGAAGUUUAAUGAAUUUAAUAAAAAUGAGAGCAUCUUCUAUCAUAAUGAGGAUUUUAUUCAGCAACAAAAGAUUCACACUGUGGAGCAACUGCCUGAAUAUAAUGAAUGCAUUAAAACCUUCCACAAUAAUGCUCUCUUCAUUACACAUAACAGAACUCACACAGGAGAGAGAUCAUGUGAUUAUAAUAAAUGUGAGAAAACUUUCAGGGGUGAGUCAAACCACAUGCUAUGUCAGAUAAUUUACUCAAGGAAGAAUCACUAUAAAUUUAAUGAAUGUGGGGAAAGCUGUGAUAAGUCAGUCCUUUGGAAGAAACAUCCUAGAAUUCACAUGGGUGAAGAGUGUGAGAAAUACCACGAGUGUGAUGUAUGUGGGAAAACCUUCCUCCGGAAGUCAAACCUCACAAUACAUCACAGAAUACACACAGGAGAAAAACCCUAUAAAUGUAAUGAAUGUGGGAAAUCCUUUUACCAGAAGUCAACCCUCACUGUACAUCAAAGAACUCAUACAGGAGAGAGACCCUAUGAAUGUGCUAAAUGUGGGAAAAAAUUCUACCAGAACUCAGCCCUCCAUCAGCAUCAAAGAACACACACAGGGGAGAAGCCUUACAAAUGUAGUGAAUGUGGAAAAUCUUUCUCCCAAAAGUCAGACCUGACUGUGCAUCAGAGCUCUCACACAGGCGAAAAACCUUAUAAAUGUAACAAAUGUGACAAGUCCUUUAGUAUAAAGUCAAAACUCACUGUACACCAGAGAAUACACUCAGGGGAGAAGCCCUAUGAAUGUAGCAACUGUGGGAAGAUGUAUCAUAUGAAGUCAACCCUCAUUAAACAUCAAAGACUUCACACAGGGCAGAAGAUAUAUGAAUGCAGUGAAUGUAAGAAGACCUUCUGUGGGAAGUCAGUUCUCCUUAAACAUCAGAGAACUCAUACAGGGGAGAAACCUUAUGAAUGUGUAGAAUGUAGGAAAACCUUUUCUGAGAAGUCAACCCUCAGUAAACAUCAGAGAAUUCAUACCGGGGAGAAACCCUUUGAAUGUAACAAAUGCGGGAAGUCAUUCUGCCAAAAGUCACAACUCGUUGAACAUCAGAGAAUUCAUACAGGGGAGAAGCCCUUUGAAUGUAAAGAAUGUAGGAGAACAUUUUGCCAGAGGGCAUCCCUCAAUGUACAUCAGAGAACACACACAGGAGAGAGGCCCUAUGAAUGUAAUGAAUGUGGAAAAUGUUUUUAUGAUAGUUCGACCCUCACUAAACAUAAGAGGAUUCAUUCAGGGGAGAAACCCUAUAAAUGUAAUGAAUGUGGGAAGACCUUCAGCCACAAAGCAACUCUCACCACACAUCAGAAAAUACACAGAAGAGAAACACUGUAAAGAUGGAUGGUGAAACCGUCUUGCUGUAACUCAGAACUGUUGGCCUGACAGAAAGUAUAUCCAAGGAAGUAACCCUAUGGUUGUAAUGAAUGUGGGAAGUCCAACCAGAAGUCAGCCUUCAAUUUAAAUCAUAGAACUCACACAGGGGACAUCCCUGGGAGUGUUUUUACCAAACUGGGCACAGAGCAAGUCUUUAUUUCUCUGCAGCUCUUGCAUUCAGGUGGGAUGAUGCGCAUGAGAGCUGGCCAAUGGGCUGUGAGUAUAAUGAUGUAAUUCACUUCUGGUCUGACACAUGAUGGCCUCCAUGGCAAUUCUUUGUAUUCUCUGUUCUCUAUGGAGUAGGAUGUAGAAUGCCUUCUGUUGAGAGGUCAGCACUCACUGUGUGUUGAUGAACUCACACAAGAGUAGAAAUCUGUCAACAUCUUUUUUU